GAACUGCCAACUGUCGACAACAUCGUCUUCAAGAUUGACACUUUGACAGAACCGAAUAAUUACAACACUCAAAAUCAGUUCUUCAUUCCACUGCGAGCUAUGGAUUUCUUCAAAUCCAUCUUAUCGGAUGAUCCUGAUCCGGACCCUCCACUUUCCAAAAAGCCCCUAGAUUCUUCGCCGGAGCAAUCACAAGUUGACCCGGAUCAGAAUCUUGGUAAACCCAAUUCACGAUCUGAUUCAACACCCGACGACGGUGGUGAUGGUGAUGGUGAUGGUGAUGAUGAUGGUGGUGUUUGGAGCUUCGGAGGUUUGUUGAAGACAUUGUCAAACCGAUCCGAAUCAGUGCUCGAGACAUACCGUCGGGAUCUACAAGAAUUCGGAUCCGGGUUGAAGAAAGAAACCGAAUUGUUCCGUGAAGUAGCUAGUCGGGCCGUUAAGGAUCUUCCUAACUCGAUCGAGGUCGGAACUACUGUUAGCCACGCCAUUGACGGCGUCAUCAAAUCGACAACGGACAUUAUAUCACAAGGUAAAGAAACCCUGCUCGCUUCUUCUGAUGCUGAACCCGAAACCCCAGAUGCGAGUCGGAGCUUGAAUUCGGGUCGGUACAGUCGGUUUGAAUCUCAACUGAUGAAUAUCCAAAGUGACCCAAAUACAUUCUGCGUGGAUCCUGAGGAUUUGGAGGAGUACAAGAAAUGGGAAUCUGAUUUUGAUUUGAAGGAGAAGAGUAAGGAAAUUGAGAUUUUGAUUGAAGAAAAUGGACCUUUGGAAGGUAUAUACAGAAGGGUUGUGCCUAAUGAAGCUGAUAAUGAGACUUUUUGGUGUCGAUAUUUUUAUAAAGUCUAUAAGCUUAAGCAACAAGAGCGUGUAAGAGCUAAUCUUGUGAAGAGAGCAAUAUCUAUAGAUGAUGAUGAAGAAUUGUCUUGGGAUGUUGAUGAUGAUGACGAUAAUGAACAAGAGAGCAAUGCCAAAUCGAAACUCGAUGUGCAGGGAAAAGAGGGUUCUGUUAUUGAAAGCUCUGUCAAUGAGGUAAAGAAAGAAUCUGCUACUCAAGAUUCGACCAACGUUUCAAAGGAAGUGCCUACUAAUAACAGUGAACCAAACAAGCAGGAUUCGACCAACAUUGCAAAGGAAGUGCCUACUAAUAAAAGUGAAUCAAUCAAGCAAGAUUCGUCCAACGUUGCAAAGGAAGUGCCAACUAAUAAAAGUGAACCAAUCAAGCAAGAUUCGACCAACUAUGCAAAGGAAGUUCCUACCAAUAAAAGUGAGCCAAGCAAGCAGGAUUCAACCAAUGUUGUAAAACAGGCCACCCAUAGUGAUGAAUCAAAAACUUUAAGUUCAGCUGUUGUUGAUAGGAAAGAAGAGAAUCAGUCUAAUGUGGAUGGUGGUGGCAAGAGCCAGGUCGUAGAAUCAGUGGAGAGCAACAAAGAUAGUAAGAAAGAAGACACUGAAGUUACUACUCUGAGUAAAAAGGAGGAAGGGGUAGUAACAGGUUCAGAGGGGAAAACUGCUAGGGAUGGAUCUGGCAAAGAUGGUGGUGUCCCUAUUGCUUCAAGUCAAAAGACGGGGGCUGAUGAGGACGAUUUGGAUUGGGAUGAGAUUGAAGACAUUGAGGGUAAUGAUGACAUAAAGGCAACUUCUCAGGUUGCAAGCUCCAGUAGAGAUGAUUUGAGGAAGAGGCUUAGUGUUGAAGAGGAUGAUGAGGAUUUGAGUUGGGAUUGAAGAUGAUGAUGAGCCUGUGAAAGCUUAGAUUGUCAAUCAAGCUUAAGAUAUGCAGAAAGCUGGAUGUCAAAACUCACAGAAUUAAACUUUAAAGCUUGAAACCUAGUAAAGUAAGAUAAUGUUUAUUGUCUCAGGCAGUUUGUUUAAUUGUGCUGCAUGAUUUUCAUUCUUUAUAUUGAACAUUUAGUUUAAUAGUCGCAAUUUCUAUGUCCAGCUGUUCAUUUAUAAUGUGAACAUGUUUUUGUGCCCUUUGUAUACUUGGGAAAUUUGAAUGAAAGCAAUGAUGUUCAUAGACAAAA